CUGGAGGAACAUGACCUUCAGUAAUUAGUCUCUUAAACGACCCAGAACAGAGCUGAGCUGGGGUCUGCUUUUGCUGCAGACCCCGCAGGGUGGCUGGUUAGCCUUGUUUCACGCUGGACACUAGAUGUCACCUGCAGAAGAAAAGAGCUUACCUCUUCCAGAGAGAUGGCCCCGAGCCAGCAAAUUCGCUCUGUCAGCCUGUGCAGCCGCUGUGGCAGAACUAGUGACAUUUCCCCUGGAUCUCACAAAAACUCGACUGCAAGUCCAAGGUGAAGCUGCUGUUCGUGGCAGCGGAGCUGGUGCUGGGCAGGCAGUCCCUUACCAUGGCAUGCUGCGCACUGCGGCUGGCAUCGUGCAAGAGGAGGGCUUAACAAAGCUCUGGCAAGGAGCCACGCCAGCCAUCUACCGACACAUAGUGUACUCUGGUGUUCGGAUGGUUGCAUACGAACAUCUCCGUGACUCCGUGCUUGGCAGGGCUGAGGAUAGGAGCUUUCCUUUCUGGAAAGCUGUAGUUGGAGGCAUGUGUGCGGGUGCCAUUGGACAGUUUUUUGCCAGCCCAACUGAUCUGGUGAAGGUGCAGAUGCAGAUGGAGGGAAGACGGAAGUUGGAAGGAAAGCCGUUACGGUUUCAAGGAGUGCACCAUGCAUUUAUGAAGAUCCUGUCUGAAGGAGGAGUACGGGGACUUUGGGCUGGAUGGGUGCCAAAUGUCCAGAGAGCUGCUCUGGUGAACAUGGGAGAUCUGACCACUUAUGACUCAGUGAAACACUUCUUGCUUCUGAACACACCACUUGUGGACAAUAGUGUGACUCACGGUGUUGCCAGCUGCUGUUCUGGCCUGGUAGCUGCUGUCCUGGGAACUCCUGCUGAUGUGGUGAAAACCCGGGUAAUGAACCAGCCAAGAGAUAAGCAGGGAAGAGGUCUUCUGUAUAAGUCUUCCAUGGACUGCUUAAUUCAAACUGUACAGGGUGAAGGGCUUAUGUCUCUAUACAAAGGCUUUAUACCAACCUGGAUGCGAAUGGCUCCUUGGUCACUGGUAUUCUGGCUUACAUACGAACAAAUCAGAAGGAUCUGUGGAGUUAGUUCUUUUUAAAAUCAUGAAACCGCUUCAAUAUUCACAAACAAAGAAGAAUCAGAAAGCUAAAUCAAUCACAAAGCACCCUGACCCUACAGGAAACUAAUGUAUUUAGGACACUGGCAGCAGCAUCACAUGUAUAGGUUGUUGCCCCAAAUCCAGUCCUUAUGGGUUAAGAGUAGCCAUGACUUAAGGACACCAUCUGCUUGUCAUACUGCUCUAUGAAAUUUAAGUUAUCCACAGGAUAAAACUGUCACAGUAAUACUUCAAUUUGCAGCCAGCAUCAGCUUUCUGAAACAGUAAACAGAGGUAAAAAGAACUCUUCCAAGCAAGUAGAAUAUAAUACUGUUUGCUUGUAUGAUAACAGAUGGUUCCUAUUGUUAAGGACAAGGGCAGGUUGAACAAUGCAGCACUGAACAUCUUCUGUGGCUAAGCAGUCUAUAAAAUUAUUGGAAAAUUUUUGCUAACAUUAGAU